AUGGGCGGGCAAGGACGAGAAGGCGGAAAGGCGAAACCGCUCAAGGCUCCCAAGAAGGAGAAGAAGGAACUCGAUGAGGAUGAAAUUGCGUUCAGAGAGAAGCAGAAAGCUGACGCCAAAGCCAAGAAGGAGCUGGCGGAAAAGGCAAAGGGCAGAGGCCCGAUGAACUCGGGACAACAGGGAAUCAAGAAAUCUGGGAAGAAAUAG